AGCGGCAGGAAUACACCCCGACCCGACCCCCGGUCCCGCCCGGACCCCCUCUGCCGCCCGGAGGAGAAGCGAGGGGCCGCGAGGGGCCGUCCGAGGCGGUGGGGGCCGCGGACAGCCCGCCCCCCGCCAGCCCCCGGCCAUGGGCCCGGGUCCCCGCCGGGCCGCGCGCGCCCCGCGCGCCCGGCUCUGCGCCCUCGUCGUGCUGAUGGUGGCGGCCGGCGGCCGCGUCGCCUCCGCCUUCAACCUGGACACCCGGUUCCUGGUGGUGAAGGAGGCCUGGAACCCUGGCAGCCUCUUUGGCUACUCGGUCGCCCUCCACCGGCAGACGGAGCGGCAGCAGCGCUACCUGCUCCUCGCUGGCGCCCCCCGGGACCUGGCCGUGCCUGAUGGCUACACCAACCGCACUGGAGCCGUGUACUCGUGCCCCCUCACUGGCCUCAAGGACGACUGCGAGCGGAUGGACAUCACGGAGAAAAGUGACCCGAAUCACCACAUCAUUGAAGACAUGUGGCUGGGGGUGACCGUGGCCAGCCAGGGUCCUGCAGGCAGAGUCCUGGUCUGUGCCCACCGCUACACCAAGGUGCUGUGGUCGGGGGAGGAGGACCAGCGGCGCAUGGUGGGCAAGUGCUACGUGCGGGGCAACGACCUGCAGCUGGACUCCCACGACGAGUGGCAGACCUACCACAAUGAGAUGUGCGACAGCAACAACAACUACCUGCAGACGGGCAUGUGCCAGCUGGGCGUCAGCGGCGGCUUCACCCACAACACCGUCUACUUCGGCGCCCCCGGGGCCUACAACUGGAAAGGAAACAGCUACAUGAUUCAGCGGAAGGACUGGGAUUAUUUUGAAUAUAGUUACAAGGACCCGGAGGAAGAAGGAAACCGCUAUAUCGGGUACUCUACACAGGUGGGCAGCGCCGUCCUGCACCCCACGGACAUCACUAUCGUGACCGGUGCCCCGCGGCACCACCAUGUGGGCGCUGUCCUCUUGCUGAGCCAGGAGGCGGGCGGAGACCUGCAGAGGAGGCAGAUCCUGGAGGGCACGCAGGUGGGCGCCUAUUUUGGCAGCGCCCUUGCCCUGGCAGACCUGAACAAUGAUGGAUGGCAAGACCUCCUGGUGGGUGCCCCCUACUACUUCGAGAGGAAGGAGGAGGUAGGGGGUGCCGUUUAUGUCUUCAUGAACCAGGCAGGCACGUCCUUCCCUGCCCAGCCCUCCCUCCAUCUCCACGGUCCCAGUCGCUCCGCCUUCGGUUUCUCUGUGGCCAGCAUUGGUGACAUCAACCAGGACGGAUUUCAAGACAUUGCAGUGGGAGCCCCUUUCGAGGGUUUGGGCAAAGUGUACAUCUACCACGGCAGCUCCAGGGGGCUCCUGAAACAGCCCCAGCAGAUCAUCCAGGCUGAGCAGCUGGGACUGCCCGGUUUGGCCACCUUCGGCUACUCCCUGAGUGGGCAGAUGGACGUGGACGACAAUUUCUACCCCGAUCUGCUGGUGGGGAGCCUGUCGGACCGCAUCGUGCUGCUGCGGGCACGGCCUGUCAUUAACAUCCUGUACAGGACCUUGGUGGCCACGCCAUCCGUGCUGGACCCUGCACACUGCACAGAUACCUCCUGCUUACAGGUGGAGCUGUGCUUUGCUUACAACCAGAGUGCUGGGAACCCGAACUACAGGCGAAACAUCACCCUGGCCUACACGGUGGAGGCCGACCGGGAGCGCCGGCCACCCCGGCUUCGCUUUGCGGGCAGCCAGUCUGCUGUUUUCCAUGGUUUCUUCUCCAUGCCCGAGACGCGGUGCCAGCACCUGGACCUGCUGCUGAUGGACAACGUCCGUGACAAGCUCCGGCCCAUCAUCAUCUCCAUGAACUACUCUCUACCUUUGCGAAUGCCCGAGCGCCCCAAGCUGGGGCUGCGGUCCUUGGACGCCUACCCGGUCCUCAACCAGGCGCAGGCUCUGGAGAACCACGUCGAGGUCCAGUUCCAGAAGGAAUGCGGGCCCGAUAACAGGUGUGACAGCAACUUGCAGAUGCAGGCAGCCUUCAUGUCGGAACAAGGCCAGCAGCUGAGCAGGCUCCAGUACAGUGGAGAAGUUCGGAAACUGCUCCUGAGCGUCAAUGUGACCAACACGCCGACCCCCGAACGGGCUGGGGAAGAUGCCCACGAAGCGCUGCUCACUCUGGAGUUGCCUUCUGCCCUGCUGCUGUCCUCAGUGCGCCCCUCUGGAACCUGCCAGGCCAACGGGACCUUGCUUUGUGACCUGGGGAACCCCUUCAAACGGAACCAGAGGAUGGAGCUGUCCAUCAUCUUUGAAGUCAACGGUGUGACUCUGCAGACCAAGGACCUGCAGGUGCAGCUGCAACUCUCUACGUCAAGUCGCCAGGACGACCUGCAGCCCGUCACCCUGACUCUGCUGGUGGACUACACACUCCAGGCCUCUCUCAGCAUGGAGCGGCACCGGCUGCAGAGUUUCUUUGGGGGGACGGUGAUGGGCGAGUCUGGCAUGAAAACCGUGGAGGACGUGGGAAGCCCCCUCAAGUACGAGUUCCGGGUGGGUCCGAUGGCAGAAGGGCUGGCCGCCCUGGGGACAUUGGUCCUAGGGCUGGAGUGGCCCUAUGAAGUCUCCAAUGGCAAGUGGCUGCUGUACCCCACGGAGAUCACCGUCCAGGGCAACGAGACCUGGCCCUGCGAGCCCCCUGGGGGCCUCAUCAACCCCCUCAACCUCUCCUUCCCAGCCCCCGGGGACAGGCCACCAUCUCCACAGCGCAGGCGGCGAGAGCUGGAGCCAGAGGUGGACCCGGCACUCACGCCUGUCACUCUGGCUUCAGUGAAAAAGGCCAAAUCUGGCACCACGCUGACGUGUGGCAGUGACAGUGCCCGCUGCGUGUGGCUAGAGUGCCCCAUUCCCGACACCCCGCUGGUCACCAACGUGACCGUGAAGGCGCGCGUGUGGAACAGCACCUUCAUCGAGGAUUACAAAGGCUUUGACAGAGUCACUGUCGCCAGCACGGCCACGCUCUUCCUCCGCACCAGCACGCGCACCGUCACCAUGGAGAACAAGACAGUGGCGUUCUCCGUGGACAUCGACUCCGAGCUGGCUGAGGAGCUGCCCGCUGAAAUUGAGCUCUGGCUGGUGCUUGUGGCCAUCGGCGUCGGGCUGCUGGUGCUCGGGCUGAUCAUCGUCUUGCUGUGGAAGUGCGACUUCUUUAAGCGGACGCUGUACUACCAGGUCAUGCCCAAGUACCACGCGGUGCGGAUCCGUGAGGAGGAGCGCUACCCGCCUCCGGGAGGCACCCUGCCCUCCAAGAAGCACUGGGUGACCAGCUGGCAGGGCUGGGACCCGUACUACUGACGUCCUCCCCGGUCCCACCCCUGCCUCCCACCCCCCCUGACCCCCCAUGACCCUUUCUUCUAUUUAUCGUAAACGACGCCCACGACGGUGCAGGAGACGCCACUGCCUGUGGCUGGUGCUGCCUGGCCACGGGCUUCUCCCCCCGGACCUCACACUGCUGGGACACCGUGCCCUGAGACACGGGGACCCCCGCUGCUCGUGGACUGUGCUUGUGCGUGGUGGACAGUGUAGAGGCACGUCCUGCAGCCUCUGCCUGUGCCCGAGUCAAGCCAAAGGACCUUCCCCGGAGCCAGGAGGAAAAAGGGCCCAGCGCUCGGCGACCCUCCCUUGUUCACACUGGACCCUCGAGCCGCAGUCACGGGACUGACUCUGCCCUCGAGAUGAAAACUACUGACGGGGCCAUGCACUCCCCCACCCCCGCCCCCAGGCGCCCAGCUGCAGCUCUCAGGACCCAUGCUGAGUGCAGGGGGCCCCUGCCCGAGGUGGUCCCAGGGGACUUUUGCACGCCCUUCUAUGCUCAGACCCACGCACAGAAUGAACUAGAAAGUUCCCCAGGAAGGCUUCCAUAGCGCGCUGCACAGCCUCUCCCCCGGUGCAGCCCGAAGGAGCCAGGGGACCAGCUGCUGGACACGCUGUGCGCGGACAGAUGUGUCCUCUGCAGAGGGGGCCAAGCCCGGGCUGACAGAUGUCGCACAGAGGGGAGACACCACUUCUCACCGCUGCAUUCCAGCCCCCAGAGGCCUGGAGAGACACCCCCACGCCCCACCCCCAGCCCCCUUCGAAAUCACAGAGGGAGCGACGCUUGAAUGUAGACGGGGGGAGAGAACCCCGAUCCUGCCCCAGCCAGCCGAACCACCUCUGCGCCCCCUGACCAUGGGCCGGGAAGCAGGAGGAGACACUUCAUGGCUAUCACUGGCUCUGCCUCCUCUGCCAUGGACUGAACCCCGAGGCCCAUUCUAGAAGCUCAGGCUGGUCCCAGAGAACCUCCGCUGACCCUUGCCUUCCAGAGCCCCUUCCCCAUGCCCCCUUCCAUGGUACUGUAUCAGGGGAGCCCCCUCCCCCUCCUUGUGCCUUCUUUGUAUAUAGGCUUCUCAUGGCACCAAUAAACAGCUCCCGUUUGUACGCCCGCCUCCUCCCCAGCCCCACGGCUGGUGGACAGUGAUUGUGCCAACUAGCUGCCCCCUCAGGAGGACAAAGCGAGGGGCACGGGGUGUUGCAGGUGGCAAGUGGAGAUUUCCAGGCGGGGGAGUGUUCUGUGCACUCGGAUGCCCCCCAGCCACCUGCCCCCCCCCAACCUCCCCCUCCCCCUGCUAAGGCUACAAACAACCGAUCCAGAACCUCAGGGAGGGAGAGGCUCAGAGAGGGAAAGAAUCCCAAAGGCUCGUUGGAGGCCAGCGUGGUGGCCCUGAGGAGGGAAGUGAGGGUAGGGUUGUGGUGCCCAGGCUCUGGGAAGGGCAGGAAGUGGUCAUAUUAGGUAAGGGUACAGAGAGUUCGGGUGUAAGGGUGGAGAGACCCUUGCAGAGAUGAGCUCCGCCAGGCACCAUGGUUUCCCACCGCCGCCUGCACCCCUAAGCAACAUGACAAGUCGUCGGCCCAAAGGUGAGGCGGUGACCCAAGACUGGCAAGACAGUCUUUAUUUUCUUUUAUUUUCGCCAGCAUCAGCAGGAGUACCAGGGCCUGGCCUGGAACAGCUGCCCCCGCAGUGCUCAGUGCUAAACAUUUAGCUCCCAGCAGUGCUUCGGGCCCCUGCUCCCUCCACACUGGCCCCUCGGACUGGAGCAAGGCUGCCCCCCCGGCACCCAUCCUGAACUAAGUCCAGGCUCUUCUGUGAACUGCCCCAAGGCUGAGCCCCUCAGCAGACUCUGCUGGAGUCUGGAAGGGAUGGUCUGUAAAAGCCUCGAAGCAGAUUGUCCCUCCGGUCUGGCGUCACUGAGAGCCUCCCCAGGCCCACACUGUUCCCCCUCCAGUGGUCUGUGUCGCCCACACACACAUACACACUGUCCCCCCCCACCCCACCUUGUCCCUUCCUUUUCUGUGCCGGGGUUUGCCCCUUCUCUGAUAGAUGAGCAGGGGGGAUGCCCUAUUCCUCCAGGAAGACUCCGCCCCCAUCCAAAGCUCUCAAAGUCCCGAUUAUUCACCGAGUCUGAAGAAAUACCCCAUAGUGUCAAAGUUCAGCUGAGGUUGGCCUGGGAUGUGGCAUGAGUAGUUGAGUGUCAACCUUUCCUGUGUGAGGUCCUGGGUUCCAUUCCCGGUCCCACAAGAAGAAAAAUCUGACAAGGUUCAGC